GGAUUGAUGUCAAAUGUGUUUAAUCUACUGAAAGCUUCUGCAGUUGUCUACCAACGCGAAAUGUAUAUAAUGGUCAAAAAUGACGGCUAAUGAAUCUUGCUCUUUGCAGACAGAUCCUUCAGAGACGCAGGACUCAAAUCUGACCACUGAGAGACGGUUAGAUGACUGUGAAAAUGCUCAUGUGCUCAGUCAAAAACAACGCCGGGCAGUUCUUAAACGAGAGAGAAGGAAAAGAAAGCGUCAAGCUCUUGCUAAAAUCAAAGAAGCAGAUCAGUCACAAAAUGAUGAAGACCAGACUGAAGUUGAUGAAGAAGAUAAUGCUGAGGAGGAGAGUGAGCGUUUACAUCAGGAAUGGAUGGAGAGAGAGAGAAUUGCACAGGAAGAAUUCAGGCUGAAGAGUGAGAGAGAAGAGGCAGUGCAAAAGAGGAAGGAGGAGGAAGAGAUGAGGAUUAGAGAAGAAUGGGAGGAGCAACAGAAGAAAGAAAAAGAAGAGCGAGAGCAGAAAGAACAGAAGAAGAGAGAGAGAGAGGAAGCUGUGCAGAAAAUACUGGAUCAAGCAGAGAGUCAGCUGGAAAAUAGUGGUCCCUGGAAAAACCCUGAUGCCCCGAAGGAUCACGGAACAGAAAAGGACAAAGCAAACUGCCCCUUCUUCCUUAAAACGGGUGCUUGUAGGUUUGGGGACCGGUGCUCCCGUAAGCAUGACCACCCAACAUGCAGCACCACUAUGAUGGUGAGGGGGAUGUUUGUGACGUUUGGAAUGUCGCAAAGUAGACGUGAUGACUAUGAUACUGAUGCCAGCCUGGAAUACAGCGAGGAAGAGGUGCACCAGCAGUUUCUGGACUUCUAUGAAGACGUUCUGCCAGAGUUCAAGAAUGCAGGGAGGGUGGUGCAGUUCAAGGUGAGCUGCAACUUCGAGCCCCACUUGAGAGGAAACGUUUAUGUUCAGUAUGACACGGAGAAGCAGUGUAAUGAAGCUUUCAUGAUGUUUAAUGGCCGCUGGUAUGCUGGAAAGCAGCUGCAGUGUGAAUACUCCCCAGUAACUAGAUGGAAAACAGCCAUAUGUGGUCUAUUUGACAGACAGAAAUGUCCAAAAGGGAGACACUGCAACUUCCUCCAUGUAUUCCGAAACCCAGGCAAUGAAUUCUGGGAGGCAGAUCGUGAUCUUCAUAUGUCCCCUGACCGUGGUGGAGGCUUUUCCGGCAGGCACUUUGGAAGCAGAGAUGGAACGUGGUCCCAGCGUUUGACUAGCCCUGAGAGAUCUCAGCGCAGGAGGACGGAUCGAAGGAGUCACAGUCGUGAGAGGUAUAGUCACAGAGAUAGGCGGAGUUGCAGCAGGGAAAGGCGGAGAAACAGUCGAAACUGGGAGAAGCGGAGUCGUAGCAGAAGCAGAGAGAGAAGGAAGUCGCAACAGUCAGUGAUAAAAAGAUCACGACCUCAGAGAGAGCAGUCCAGAAGGAGCAGGAGCCGAUCACAAAGCAGAGACAGGGACCGGCUGGAGCAUGGUGAAUGUACAUCAGCAGACUCAAGACAAAAGAGAUCAAAAUCACACAGUCCGGAUCUUGCAUCCAAAAAUGGGUCUGUGAGGCGGAGAGUUCAAAAGAGAGAAAGCAAAAGCCCAGAGAACUCUGACACCACAGAAAGAUCUACAGCUCAACAUCACCACAAGCACUCUAAAAAGACCAAGAAGAAGAAAAAGGGCAAAAAGAAACACAAAAGAAAGAAGAGUAAAUCACGCACCCCGAGUUCCGCAGGGUCUGGUGAAGAUUCUGGGAAUGAGGAGUGUGAUGCGGCUCCAACUAAAUCAGAGAACAUGAGCACAGAGGCCCCUGCUGGAGAUUGUGCAGCUGUGGAGACUUGUGCAUGUUCACCGGAAGAUACAGUAGAGACCCAGUCUUUAGAAUGUUGUCAGCCACAAGAGGAAACCCAUUUCGUACUUGCAGACAUUACCAGCUCUGAGAACACCACACAAUCUGGAUAAAUAUAUACAUCAACUGUAUAUCUGUUCUCCUAAAGCAGCCAUUGUUUUAUUUUAGUUUGCAUAGCAAAAUGCUUCGAUAUUGCUGUAAUAAAUGCUGAUAGAUGUGUUGUCUGUAUAUUUGUCAUUAAAUUGAAAACUUGGGAAAAGUGCUAAAGGGUGAUUGCUUUAAGAAUGACAUUUUGUUGGAAAGCAAUUCUAGGGGAUUCUGCUUGCCCAUGCAAAAGUUGCCACCAUGAUGCGAGGGUGUUGUUGGUGGUUGUCUGCACCUUGCUGUGUAGUUACUAGGGUGUUCAAGCUAGAUACUCACACACUCCAAGUCUUUGAUAUUCUGGCCCCUAGAUUUGGCUUGGGUCCCUCUUUCAGUGCUUCAGGUGUUUUUACCCAGCUGAAGAAUUUGAAGAACCGAUAAUUUUUGUAGGACAAAUAAUGUUGGACGAGUUUAAUACUUAGGGUUACCCUAAGUAUGAAGGCUGUUUAGCAAGCCAGUAACUACUUAAACAAUCUAAUUACAGCAUCUACAGUUGAUGUCAGAAAUAUACAUAAGUUGUUUUUGUUAUUAUUAUUAUUAUUAUCUAUGUCUUGUUGCUGUUUUUGCCUUGUUUUUGUAUUGUGCACUGGAAGCUCCUGUCACCAAGACAAAUUCCUUGUAUGUGUAAGCAUACUUGGCAAUAAAGCUGAUUCUAAUUU